AUGGCAUCGCUGAACACGGAGCUCGCGCUUGUGAAACGAUUUCACAUGCUGAGCAAAAACUACGAUAAUCGUCCGGUGGUUGCACGCCGCAGUACACUUCCGGCGUUGGUCCGCUUUCUAGGGAGCAAAGACAGAGAGACGCGACAGUACUCUCUCGACGCUCUAUAUCUCUUGGCACAACAUCCCGAGAACGUGGAGCUGUUGGCGGAGGAGCGUGCGCUCGUACAGGAGGUAUUUAAGGUUUACAAGGAUGCCCAAUACGACGAUCCAGAGCUUUACGAAUUGGCAAAUCAACUUCUUGACCUACUAGAGCCUGCUCUGCAGGGCCGGGACCCCAGAAGGGAGGAGGCACCCAAAAUGAAAGAAACGGGUUCUAGCGGCAGCAAUGAUCGCAUGGAUGACGAUGCGGCGAAUGAAAACUCGAUAAAACGGCGUUCGCGUGCUGCGCGCGUCUUACGAGGCGUUGGAUUAGAUGCGAUUCACACCGUUGAGCUCGAUAUACCCGCCCUUGACCCCCGAAAUGGGGAUGAUCUCUCACUCGUGGAGGAUAUUUUUCAAUCCACACGUGGUGUUUUGUCGUUUUCCAUCUUUUUAGAACAGAGACGGGCGCGAUUGUUUAUAACAUGUGAAACCCGGGCACUCCAACAGGUUCUUUCGGACGCUGGUUUUGAGUCAAUUGUGGUACGGGAUGAAGUGGUUAGCCAGGAAAUCUUCGGUGGCGAUGGAGGCAGUCACUUGAGCAGCAAUCGUAGUUACUACGGCGGAGAGACUCCAUCGAAGCGGCCCUCGUAUCUAGAGAGUUUGACCAACACCAUUUAUGAAACGGCGCUGGUGUUGGCUGGCGGCGGCAGUAAAGACGACACACUCUCCGGCCGCGUGAGGCGUCAGCAGGACCGUGAGCAACGAGGGAGCUCCGCCUGGGACCAUGCGAAAAAGGCAUUGUCGAAAUGGUGGUGA